UACCUACAUGUUUUUAACUAACUGCAGGAAUUCGACCACCGAUCUGUGCUCAAGCUCGGCUUCAUUUCCAUGAUUAUCGUCAUUUAUUUUGUUUAAUUAUACGUUGGGAAUCAUCUUGGUGGUUAAGGAAGUGGUCACAUUGUUGUGUGCAGUGCUUCACUUUCCUUCUAUCUUUAGCAUCUCAUGUGGGGACAGUGCCUUGCUCAGAGCAUCUCAGUGGAAACUUAGCAGCUGAUGGACUCGAACCUGAAACUGUUUAAUAAAUAUUUAAAAAACAUUUCAAUUCAAAUUCAAAAAUACACCACGUAUUACGAACUUGUCUUUUAUUUUUUAGGUUGGUGAAGGCUUUUAUUUCCAAUAGCAGACCGGAACUGGGGUGGCUGUUUCCGAUAGGGCUCGACGCAUCUUCUCACAACUACGCCGUUGAUUCUGAGAAAAAACCCCCGACAAAAACAAACAACCCCGACUGAAAAUCCCAAAUCGAUCCUCGACUAAUCUGAAGAAGCUGAAGGUGGCAGAAUAAUAUGUCUGGUUCUUCUCCGUUCCCGUUGCUUCUCCUCCUCCUCGUCAGCAUCUCAUCCUCUGAGGAUCUAGAUCUGGUUCGCAGGAACUCAGAUUUUGCGGCUCGACUGUUUCGAUCAGUUGCCAGUCGCAGUGAUGACAACGUCUUUUUGUCGCCACUCACACUAAGCGCCGCACUGACAGCGCUCGCCAGCGCCACCACGGGGUCCACGCAUGAGCAGCUUCUAAAAGGAUUGGGACUGUCUGGACUGGACGUGAGCACUGUGACAGAUUUUUUUCAGAACUUGCAGAACUCCAAACCUGCCCACCUUCUCUCUGGUCUGGGCCUGUUCCCUGACCAACACGUGCAGUUGCAGUCGUCUUAUGUGGACCUGGUCCAGAACAAACUCGGUGCAACUGUCCAAAAGGUAGUGUACAGUGAACCACAGGAAGCAGCUGAUCUUAUCAACCGUUGGGCCCAGUACCAGACUGGAGACCAGGUCAAGGACAUAGUGACAGAUCUGGACUCUCAGACGCCGCUACUUCUCGCCUCUGUGGCUUCCUACCAGGGCCGUUUUCAACCUGCAUUCAAUGCUUCACUGACUCAGGAGGAGCGCUUCUAUGUGGAUCGGUACCAUGUGGUAAUGACCAGUAUGAUGUUUCGGGCUGACAAGUUUUUCCUGGCGUACGACCGUGCACUGAAGACGGGCCUCCUGAAGCUGCCCAUGACGGAGGGGGCAGCCAUGUUGGUGGUAUUUCCUGACGCAGAUGUUGAUGUCACAGUGGUGGAGGAGCAAGUGACAUCAGAGAAGAUCCAAACCUGGAUCCAACAGCUAAAGAAGACGAAGUUGGAGGUGCAACUCCCACGCUUCCUGUUGGAGCGAUCGUACACUCUGAAGAACAUCCUGAUGGACCUGGAGGUCACUCAGGUGUUCCAGGAAGAUGCUGACCUCACAAACAUGAGCGGGACCAAAGGAACCAGACUCACACAGGUUUUCCAUAAAUCACUUCUCUCGGUGGAUGAGAGCAGUGAUGACAUCACUGCAGGGGGUGGAGCUACAGCUUUCUCUUCUCCACCGCCUCGAUUAACCAUCAACAGACCUUUCAUCUUCAUUAUCUACCAGCAGAUUAGUGGGAACAUUCUGGGCAUGGGCCGAGUGCUGGAUCCCAGCAGGAAGUAGAACCACACAGGCCCCGCCUACUUUUGGCUGUCCAUCAAUGCUUGGAUGUUUUUGUGAUUGCUAUUGUGACAUUAAGACGCAGGUUUGUUCGUGGUUGGUACUCAGGUUGGUGAAUGCGGUAGGAUGCUAAGCUAAUAGUUAUAUUACAGUAGUAAUAGGAGUUAGGAGUUCAAGGUCAUGACCUUCUGUCACAAGACUUUAAAUGUUUUACUUUUGCACCAUAUAUUUUCAUCUGUGUGAGCUAGCCUGUAUAUAUAUGUGUAUAUAUAUAUAUGUAUAUGUGUAUAUAUAUAUAUAUAUAUACAUAUAUAUAUAUAUAUAUAUGUUUGUGUAGAGUCCUGCUGCCGAGAACCCAUUUCUACUUCACAAUAUGUAACGUUUGCUGCCCCAAGAGAAGGAUCAGUGUAAUGGCAUCUUAUAGCUUAUGUAAUGGCUUAUAUAAACAAACUGAAACUAUAAUAUAAUGUUAGCAGUGAUGUUAAUAAACUCUCUGGUCGUCA